GGCGUAGUAAUUUGGACGUGGCAUUUCCGUCAAAAUGGUUGACAACUUGAAAAUGAAAGUAUCCGAAUGUCAUCUAAAGAUCACACUCGCUUUCUAACUCUGACUUAACGUUUCGAUUUACUGCUCAGUUAAAACUCAGACACUUAUUGAAAUUUUAAAAUUAUUUUCCAGUAGACUUUAUGUUAAUGUUAUGAUAUUUUGAAAGAUAUUUUCUAAAAUAUUUAACAUUAUGGCAAGACUAGUUGCUAUUUGUGAAACCGAUGUCAACUUUGACUUUCAACGACGACAAGUUCCAAUAGAGGUGGACAAUAUGAAGAUGGUUGUCCAAUUUAGUGACAAGUGUGUUGAUUGUGAAAAGUUGUGUGGGGUAAAGCAGAGAGACCUGGAGCACUUUACUAACAAGUUCAACACCCUAACGAAAGAUGAGGUGGCUGUGGCAUUGUUGGUCUCUGGUAAAGAUAUUAUGAGCUUGUUGUCUCAUAUGGUUCCUUGUGUAGGCUGUAGAAAAAGUGUUGAAAGAUUAUUUGUUCAGCUUCAGAAGUCACAACACCCAGCCCUAGAGCCAUUAGUGAUUACACCUCGAGGUGAAAUGUCCGUCCAACAUGAAUAUUUGUUUGAUCCCAGGUCACUGUUUGCAUUGUUUCAUGUGCAUGGUUCAAAGUUACAUUCUGUUGUUGAGGCUAUUCCAAAGAGUAAGAAAAACAAAAGAUGUAACCUACAUUCUCUUGAUACCCACAAAUCUAGAACACUAGGGUGCUGGCUAGAUGCUUGGGAUGCAUUGUCAGAGUCUUGUAGGGAAAAAGUUCUUGUAGUUGAUAUGAAGCGCCUAUUAAUAACAGUUGAUUCCUACCUUGAUAAACACAAAUUUUGUGGAGAGUGCAAAUCUAAAGUAAUGUUAGCUUAUAACAUUCUUAUUGGAGAGGUAGACAGUGCUUCAGAGAAAGGUUAUUGUGCUGCCCUCUAUGAAAAUUUACGGUGUUGUGCAAAGGAGCAGCAUGUUCAUGUUCUGAAUGAUACAGAUUUCAUUGCUCACUUGCUAGAGAAGGCUGAACCAGAGUUUCUAGGGGGAAAACGAGACAGACAUGCAAAAACAUUAGAUAUAGCUCAAGAGGAAGUUCUGACUUGCCUGGGUAUUCACAUAUUUGAACGCCUACACAGAAUCUGGCAGAAGUUGCGCAGUGAGGAACAAACUUGGUUGAUACUGUUUUACAUGGGGGUUGAUGCUUUGAGAAAAAGUUAUCAGAUGGCCCUUGAAGAGAAACAGGGGGCUUCAAACCUGGAACUUCUGUGUGAGGAACUAGAGGAGAAAGAAAAAAGACAGGAAGAAAAGAAAGAGAUGAAGAGACAAAAGAGAAAACAGAAGAAAGCAAAAGCUCAGUUGUGUCCUGUUUCUGUGAUUAAAACAUGUUCAGACCUUAUUGAUGAAAUACCCUGUCAGUGUUCUACAAUGGAGCCUGAUAACAACCCCAAGAACAAUAAAUAUCACCACCAUCGCAAUAGCAAAGAGUCCUGUAGUGAUGCCAAUUUCAACUCCCUGACCCUGUCCUUACAAGGCUGUGACCUCAGUCUCCAGGCGCGGCAUGUUUAUUCACAUCAUGAUACUGUGAUACGGUCAAGUAGAGGAGGGGAGUGGGCAGAUGCUUCAGAGGUUGACAGUUGUGAAAGUUGUAGUAUGCAAGGGUCAAAUGAAGGUUCUGAAGAGGGUGAGUGUUCAGGUUCAUUUACAGACAGCUUGGACAGUUGUGAUUGUGAUAUGCUUAGGUCAUCUCCUAAACGAGUGAGAGGGCAUCAGGUUAAUUUCUUAUCAAGUUGCCAUAAUGACAAAGUAGCAUUCCAAGCCAGUGAACAACCUACUCUGCAAGACCUUUUGGAGGAUUUGUGUUGGGAUGAUGGAGAAGAUGAAGAUCCAGGUAUAUCAGAAGAAGAAAUUCUUGAAUUCAAAGCUAGGUUAGAGGAAGUAGAGAGUAAACGGCAGAAACUACGUCAAAACCUUCGUCAGCGGUUUGAGGAGUUGCAUAUGUCCAGACAUGUUAAUUCUAUGUAGUUGUUUUUCUCAUAAGAGCCCAUUUAUGUUUUUAAAUUAUCUUUGUUAACUUGGUGGUGAGGCACAGGAUUUCAGAACUUUAUGUGGGCUUUAAUUGUCUAUUUAAAUAUAAAUCAUACUGUGUCAUAUUUUUCUUGGUGGAAGAAAUUGAUUAGGUAGAAUCCUACCUAAAUAACAAAGUUGUAUGGUCUGCAGAUAUUCAGGUAAUUUAUGCUAAAAAAAUUGUUGACAUUUAGUUUAUUGUAGUGCAGCUUUUUUUAAAAAAUAAAAUAAUUGAUUGCUUCUGUGUGAAUUUGUAAAUUGUAACAAAUUCAGUGAUGAAUUAUUGGUUUAAAUAAAACAUUUUUUAAUCUAUUUAACUUCAAAUGAGUAAAGUGUAUUUAUUUAGUUCUGUAUAUUAUAUUAAUUGCAAACAACUGAAAUUUUUAAAAAUAAUUCAAUCCUCUAGAUUCAAUAUUGAGUUACUACCAGAAUACUUGUGUUGAAUAUAAAACUAAUUGAAAGACUAUGGUUGGAUUGAUUUUUUUCUGUUAUAUACACAUGUGCCUUGUGGAGAUGGUUGAUUUUAACCAGUCUCACUUGGUUUCUCAGUUGAUGCUAUUUUUCUAUACCUCAAUUUUCAGAUUAUCUUAAGUAUGUUAUUAUUACUCUUAAUUCAUGAACUUUUUUAUCCAAUGUGAAGUUCCAAAUUUAAGUUUUUUAUUAGUUAUUUACUUUAAAAAAAAACAAUAGCCUUAUCUGCCUACUCAACCACCUACAAUACUAAGGUUUUGACCUUUAUUCAUCAUAUUUUUUAAUCAAAGUACAACCAUGCCAACAGUUAAUUGAAGUGUUUGAAAAGACAAUCACACAUGAGAUGUAUGGCUGCUAGAUCUAAUAGUUAAAAGGAAUCAGACCUGGGUGUUAUAAUGUUGCAACUAAGUUAUUUCUUCCUGCAUUAUUUUUUAACAAACACUAGGAAGAACAGUGUAAUAAUCCAAAGCAAUAUAAUUUACAAUCAAUACGAGGUAUGUUUGCUUCAGUGUUGCUGCUAAUAGAGUGUAGAAGCUUAUUAAGAAUGUCAGGUUUUUUUAGAUACCAGUUCAGUUCUUUGCCAUCAGUCAUGCAUUUGUGGUCAUUCUUCUCCAUAACAGAAUACACCAUUUUCGUGUGAUGCGUCUGUUAAGAGCUCAACUUUUUAAAAAGUGGUUAAUUUUUUUUUCUAUCUUGUACCUGAACAAAACUUAAAAACCAUGACAUUCCGUUUCCAAUAAAUAAUUAUUGUAACAAAUCAUCUGAAGCUGUAGUUUUCUUAACAGACAUUUCUCUGUAGUAUUUAGCUAGCUACAAACUCACUGGCUGAAGGUAGUUUCCAUUGUUUUAGUUUUCCAAUCGCUUUGGAUAUUAAAUUACAUUUAUAAUGCUGUUAAAAGACAGGUAUCUGAUAUUUUUUUUAGAACUUAAACAGAUAUUUGUUGUUUGAUAUUUUGUUUGAUACUGCACUACCAAUACAGGUUUCAAGUAAGAUUUCACACUGAUUAGGCAUGUCUUUUCUUAGGCAUACUUAUUUAUAAACUAAGUUAUUAAAUAAAAUACUUUUGCUUGUAAUUAGAAAAAGUAACUACGAAAGUAUCUAAACACUACCAUGAAAGUAAUUGUGCAUAUUUAGUACACAAACUGAGUUAACACACAGUACUUUCACUUUUUAUUGACUUUAUUGUUAAGUUUGUUGAAAAGCGUCAUUUUAUGUAAGGGUAAAAAAAUUUAUUCUGAACUAUUUUACAAAAAUAGACUAUUUCUUGUUACACUUUGUCUGAUAUUUACACUGAAAAGUGUUUUUCAUGAAAUUUUAAAAUCUAUUAAAGUAAAAAUUCUUGUAAGUUUGUAAUGAACAACUUGAAAUUUUACUACUGCAAUAUACAACUGUAUUACUAAUUCCAUUGCUAAAGUCACUGACAAUCAACAGCUGAGAAAGUUGUUUAGUUUAUACUUGUGAGGCUAUCAAAGCCGCUAGUUGUCCCAAUGCUUUCUUCCUGCAUGAGUGGCAAACAGCUGAAUUUUCUGUGUUGGAUUAUUGUAAACUUUUCAGCAGGUCUAAACUGUUUUUAUACAUUUUAUUCUCUGAAUGCUUUCAGGUUAUUCUUUUAUUAAAUUAAUUAAACCAGCUUUCUUUAGGUGAUCUAGUUGAACAAAUAGUUUUGUGCAAAAAUGUACUAGUUACUUAAAUGUCACAAUUUUUUUUUUUUUGUUAAGCUUCCUACAAAGGUACACAGAAUUUAUGUAUGUGUGAUCAAUUUGUUUAUCAUUACUGAAUUAACUGUUGACAAUGUAAUAUGCAAAACUAAUUAAAUUGUGAUACUUUUUUCUGUCUUUUCAUUCAUUAAAUAAGAGUACUCAAUAGGAAAUAUCAAAGAAUUUGGGCAAUUGUUUAUAUUAGUUACGUUUAUGCAAGCAUUCUUAUUAUUUAAAGUGCAAGAAGAGUCGCUGCCUGCUGUAUCCUUGUACAUCGUCCCUUCUGUAAUCAUGUUUUGUCCACCUGCCACAUCAGUACAUUGAAUGAAAUAAAUAAACUAU